UUAUCUCAGUUUCUACAUGAAAAUGCUUUGUGGUCUCAAUUCCUACGUGAAAAUGCUUUGUGGUCUCAAUUCCUACAUGAAAAUGCUUUGUGGUCUCAAUUCCUACGUGAAAAUGCUUUGUGGUCUCAAUUCCUAAGUGAAAAUGCUCUGAGAUGUCAGUUUCUACAUGAAAAUGCUUUGUGGUCUCAAUUCCUACAUGAAAAUGCUUUGUGGUCUCAAUUCCUACGUGAAAAUGCUUUGAGGUCUCAAUUCCUACGUGAAAAUGCUUUGUGGUCUCAAUUCCUACGUGAAAAUGCUCUGAGAUGUCAAUUCCUACGUGAAAAUGCUUUGUGA